UUUCAUUACUAUUAUUUAUUUUUCAUAGUCAUUAGUACUCACUCACUCGUUGUUUGAUCAUACAAUAUAUAUUUAAAGGAACUGUUUUCUCCUAUUUUAUUUAUUAAAAUAUCCAACAUUUAUUUAUUAAGUAUCCAACGCGACAACCAUGACGGCGUCGACAAAACAGGAUUUUCCACAGUUUGUGGCCAUCAAAAGGAUUAUGAAAUUACCAGUGGUUUCCUCUGGAGUUGACAAGGCAACAUGCAUAUAUGUUAGAGUCAAGAUGUCUAACAGAGUUAUUCAGUAUGGAUUUGAAAAUGCUGAAAGUACAGUAUGGACUGUUGUUGAUAUGUCUGUGCCUUUGGUGACUAAAUUCGAAGAUCCCAUUAAUAAAAUUGAUGAAAUGAUUUGUAAGUCAUUGGAUGUAGUGGAGCAAAAUGUUCCAUUUGUUACAUAUACCCCCGAAGAGAUGUAUUAUACUACAAAAACGUAUGUAAGAGACAAAGUCGUGCCUGUUCUUAAGAGAGCUGAUUCUGUUAAACAAUUGGCAAUGUUAGAUGAUGCUUUAAGUGUAGCUGAUAAAUAUGUGGACAAAUAUUUACCCGAUAAGGAUCCUGUAGAAGAUUUAACUGAUAAACCGAAUCAAGAACCAUCUAGCCAAGCUGUGAAAACUAUCCGUCAUGUCAAUCGGUUUUCUAGAAAGUUACAAAGACGAUUGACUCGUCGCACUAUAGCAGAAGCUAAAUUACUUAAAAAACAGGGUUACGAUACCGUAAAUUGUCUUGUUUACUUUGCAGAUCUUUUGGCGAAGGACCCAAACGCAUUCGCUCAGAAAAUUAAAGUUAUUUGGCAACAUUUGAGCGAAGAUGAACCCGAAAAUCAAAAGCCCCCAGAAAAUAUUGAACAACUUAUAGAAAUGUUAACCAGAGAAAGUGCAAGACGAUUUGUACACGCAUCCAAUUUUGUUGUUAAUAGCAUUUACAUGACACCUACCUAUUCUAAAAGAGCAUUUCAUUUCAUUGGCCAAGAAGCAUCAUAUUUAGUGGAUAAGAUUUUAGAGUACGCUCAUUUAGAAGAUGUAAAAGUCACUGUAGAAGAUAUAGCCAAAUUUCAAAUCGCUAAAACGAAAAAAAAUAUAGAAGAAAUGUGGAAAUUAAUAUUGGAAUACUUGUUAACGUUGAGAGAUACAUUAAAAAACUCGAAAAAUAAAAGUUGCCAAAACAAAGAAAAUGAUGUGAAUACAUCCAAAGAGUAUAGACUUAAGAAAAAAUCACAAAAAUCAAACGGAGAAAAAAAGCCAGCGGAACAGACGUCUUCUUCUUCCUCGACGGUGGACACUACGUCUUAAAUACGAAUCUUCAAAACCAACUUUUGUCAUAUUAUAUUAGCCCAUAAAUAUACAUGUUGUAUUUAUAAAUAUGUAACAUUCAAAUAUUUUUUGACUUUAAUUCGUAUUUGUAAUUUAAAAUUUAGUAUUUUAUAAUUAUCUCUAACGCUGCAUACAUAUAUUAAUAUUAAUAUACAGUAAUAUUUAAAUGGAUAGACACAUAUUUAGUUUUAACAUUGUAUGUGUUAAAAUAAUUAUAAUUGUCGAUAAAGACUGCAUUUUUUUUUUGCUUUUUAUUUAAAAAAUGACAUCUUGUUAGUGUGCCUAUAUAUAGGCGCAGUAUAUGAGGAAUUUCAAAUGGUUGUAAGGUUUCAGUUUAUUGGUGUAUAAUUAAACACUAAACGUACAAUAUUCAAAUAAAAUCGAUGUAAUUUUUUUUUCAGA